UGCUUUGUCGUUCUCGGACGUCUGCUGGGCAGGCUGGCUUGGCGGAGCUUGUCUCACCUGCAAUGCACGGACCAAUGCAUUUUGUUUGAGCUCCAAGCUCUCUAACCGUUGACCAUAAAAUGAAGCUAUUCCCAACCACGCAAUGAUGCGAUUGCUAUAGUGCACAAUGCCCGGCAGACGAGAUGUUUACGGCAAUUGGCAGAAACGGGCACCGGGGGCUCCGUCCUGCCUACGGGAGAAUCCUUGGAGGUAGAUGUUCCCCGAUCGUCAGCCGAGGAAUUAGAUCAGCUGCCUACAAUGGCCUUGAUCUCCCUGCACUGGACCAGAAAUGGAGGGCGAAAUGGCAGAGCAAGAAGGAGGAGAAACAGAAACACGGAGUAACGAAAGAUGCCAUUCCAGAGGUACACAAGGCAAUCCUACGGACUUGGGCGAAGAUGGAAGAAACCUCGAAGACGGGACAAGGAAAGCAGAAACAGCUUGCAGACGAAUUUCUGGCCAAAAACAAGGUCAUCAAGGAGAAAUACCCGGACGACAUUGAAGUAGAAAGUAAAGGACGGAAAUACGUCCUUCCAAUGUUUCCAUAUCCAUCUGGAAACUUGCAUCUUGGUCACCUCAGAGUCUACACCAUUUCUGAUGUGCUGGCAAGAUUCCACCGCAUGCAAGGCUUUGAGGUGACACACCCAAUUGGAUGGGAUGCUUUCGGCCUACCAGCAGAGAAUGCAGCAAUUGAAAGAGGAAUUGAACCUGCAACAUGGACGAAACAGAAUAUCCAGAAAAUGAAAUCGCAGCUGGAAGCCAUGAAUGGGGAAUGGGAUUGGGAGAGGGAAUUUGCCACAUGCGAUCCUACAUUCUACAAGCAUACUCAGCAACUAUUCCUCCUACUGCACAAAGCUGGGCUCGCGUACCAAGCAGAGUCAUUAGUAAACUAUGAUCCCGUGGACAAGACAGUUUUGGCAAACGAACAAGUAGACUCAAAUGGAUGUUCCUGGAGGUCUGGAGCAAAGGUUGAGAAGAAGAUGUUGAAGCAAUGGUUCUUCAAGAUAUCGGAAUACAGACAAGAAUUGCUGGAUGGCUUGAAGGAGCUUGAGAAGAAUGGCGCAUGGCCAGAACGUGUCUUGUCAAUGCAGAAGAAUUGGCUUGGGAAAUCAACAGGGGCUCGAAUCAAGUUCCCCGUUGUGGCCUACGAUCAACAAACACAUUCCGACAUCGAAGUAUUUACUACCAGACCGGAUACCUUGUAUGGUGUGCAGUAUGUUGCUCUGGCUGCGACGCACCCUAUUGUUCAAUCUUUGGCAAAAGCCGAUGUGGAGCUCCAAGCUUUCCUCGAUACCAUUCCAGCUCUUCCACUCGACUCGAAAGUGGGAUACCUCCUCCCGAACGUCCGGGCUUUGAAUCCUCUCGCCUAUGAAGAAUCCACACCAGAUGCCACCAAGGCUUCAUUGCCAAUUUACGUCGCGCCGUAUGUUCUUGGAGAUUAUGGAGAUGGGGCUGUGAUGGGUGUUCCAGGUCACGACACUCGUGACCAUGCUUUCUGGAAACAUAAUCGCUACGACGACCCAGUUCGCUUUGUCGUUUCUCAAUCUCCAGAUGAAGCAACAAGUGUUCUUCAGACGAGCCCAUUUAUUCAUCAUGGGCAUCUCACAAAGCAAAGCGGGUCACACGCUGGUUUGAAGACUGCAGAUGCUACCAAUAGUAUUGUCAAUCUUCUGAAAUCGAAAAACCUCGGAUCAGAAGCAGAAACUUGGCGUUUGCGAGACUGGCUAGUCAGUCGACAGCGAUAUUGGGGAACACCAAUUCCAAUCAUUCACUGCGGCAGCUGUGGUCCUGUUCCUGUGCCAGAUGAUCAGCUUCCUGUGAAACUCCCAGUUGUUGAUAGCCAUUGGGCGAAUGGAAAGACGGGCAAUCCGCUCGAGCAUGCCCACGAAUGGGUCAAUACUCCUUGCCCACAAUGUGGGGAAGCUGCCAAGAGAGAUACAGAUACUAUGGACACAUUCGUUGAUUCCAGUUGGUAUUUCAUGCGAUUUCCAGACCCCAAGAAUUCUAAUUCGCCUUUCUCGGCUGAAGCAGCAAAUGCAAAUCUGCCAGUAGACUUGUAUAUCGGAGGCGUAGAACAUGCAAUCUUGCAUCUCUUAUACUCGAGAUUUAUUUCCAAAUUCAUGGCCACCACACCAUUCUGGCCUAAUGGGGCAAAGUCUCUCGGGGAGCCUUUCAAAAAGCUCCUGGCUCAAGGCAUGGUACAUGGGAAAACUUACUCGGAUCCAUCGACUGGACGAUUUCUCAAACCAGACGAAGUAGAUCUCACAGACCCAUCCAAGCCUCUCAUCACUGCUACAAACGAAACACCAAACGUCAGCUUUGAGAAGAUGUCAAAAUCGAAGUAUAACGGGGUUGAUCCCGGAACUUGCAUGGCUAAAUAUGGAGCAGAUGCCACCAGAGCACACAUCUUGUUCCAAGCUCCAGUCAGUGAGGUGCUCGAAUGGGACGAAGAGAAGAUUGCAGGGGUAACUCGAUGGCUUCGGAGACUUCACGAGAUGAUCUUUACCAACCGGAGUGUCUGGGUCGACUCGAACAGUCUGGAUGAAUUCAAUCCGAAGCUCUACUUUCUUGCAACUGAGACGCCCACGAACCAAGGCAGGGUGGACGCGUCAGAAGGAGAGGAUUCAGAGCAGUCUCUGCGAGCUAAGUCGCAGCUGUCAACGGAGAGAGUACAGAUAAUCAAUAGCAUCGUUCUCGAAUCACAACAGCCGCAAGAGAACUCAAAUGAAAAACUGGAACAGAAUCAAGUGAAGCUCUGGUCAGGAUUCGUGGCACGAGAUCGCGACCUGUGGCGAUCGGUGCAAGCCACCAUAUCGAAUGUGACGCAGUCAUAUGAGAAGACUCACUCACUCAACACCGUCGUCUCGGACUUGAUGACUCUCACAAAUACCAUAGCAGAGUACAACGACCGCAAAAUUGACUCCAAGGACCCAAAAUCAACAACUUACAUACCCGACUACCGUCUCUCGGUACACGCCACAAGAGCAUUGAUCCAAAUGAUGGCUCCCAUAACACCAGCCUUCUCAGAAGAGUGCUGGAGGCUCCUCCACCCUGCACUAACCCCAACUCCCGUCUGCUCCGUUUUCGCAUCACCAUUCCCCACCGUUGAUGGAACUCUCAGCAUGCUAGCUCCCACGACACGAACCUGCGUGGUACAAGUCAACGGGAAAAUGAAAUGCGCCGUCAAGAUCCCAAUCUCGGACGAAGGACUUUCGGGACUGAAUUUGGAAGAUUGGUUGAGAAGCCAGAUUCUGGAUACGGAGGAGGGGAGGGAGAAGUUAAUGGGAAAGGGUGGGAAGGGUGUUGAUGUGAGGAGGGCGAAGAAGAUGAUUGUUAUUAGAGAUGGGAAGGCGGUUAAUUUCAUCAUGUAGAUUUUACCCUGGCAGAGGAUUCAAGAUGAGAUGUAAGAUAUUACACCCUGUAUAGAUUAUGUUGAAAUAGAUCAGAGCUGCUGCUACUCUCUACUACCUCUAGCA